GUAAUUUUCUUUAAUGCGCACUCUCCAGUGCUAAGUUCAACAUGGCGGAAGAAGAUAUGUUCUUGGCAUCAACCUCGAAUAUGUUAUGGGAUCCCGUUUAUUCCAAGGACUGGGAAAAAGAAAGUGUUACACCGCAGUGUGUUCUGAGAAUCAAAAGGGAUAUUAUGAGCAUUUACAAUGAACCUCCACCUGGUAUGUGUAUUGUUCCAGAUAAAGAAGACAUAACAAAGAUUCAUGCUCUAAUCACAGGCCCAUUUGAUACACCCUAUGAAGGAGGCUUCUUUUAUUUCCUGAUCCGAUGUCCUCCUGAUUACCCCAUCAGACCCCCCAGAGUCAAAUUAAUGACAACAGGGGGAGGGCAAGUCAGGUUUAACCCAAACUUGUACAGAAAUGGCAAAGUGUGCUUGAGUAUACUGGGGACAUGGUCUGGUCCAGCCUGGAGCCCUGCACAAUCUCUAUCAAGUGUAUUAAUCUCAAUUCAGUCUUUGUUGAAUGAAAAACCAUACCACAAUGAACCAGGAUUUGAACAGGAAAGGCAAGCAGGGGACUCCAAGAGGUAUAAUGAAUGCAUCCAACAUGAAAGCCUCAGGGUGGCCGUUUGUGACAUGCUGGAAGGCAAACUAAAAUGUCCAUCAGCACUCAAAGAUGUGAUGGAGAAAUCAUUCCCAGAGUUUUAUGAUUAUUACUUGUCAGUUAUCAAUGACAACUCACAUCUAAAUGGACAAAACAUGCUGGAUCCCUUUGGAGAGAAAAGAGGAACAUUUGACUUUGUUUCAAUUAAACAAAGACUGGAGAUCAUUCAGAAGAAACUUGAAGAGAGAAGGUCUACGGCACAGGGCUCUGAUGCCUCGUCAAGUGAUACCGAAAACAUAGAGGAAUCUUAACGUAGAUAAAUAUACUAUUUGUACAGUCACACAUGUAGUUAUAAUUUAAAUUUCAGUUAAAGGUACAAGUGCAUGUUCUGCCUGCUUGGGUUGUUGUUUUUUGAGAGUAUUAGAUGGCAAAGGUGUUAAAAAAUUUUGGACUACACUGCAUUCAGUUUCACCUAAAGCCUUAAGGUCGUGCUCUCCCUGGAGUUUCCUAGAAUGAACUGUGAGCAGAUUUGUUGAGAUGGCAUAAGAAGUGGUGUCAAAUUGUGAGAGUAUCAAUUUGUAUUGAGCGGGGCAGGGGGGGGGGAGAGUAUUCUAUGACUUGUUCUUCCAACUGAUAAAAUGUUGGGUUGCAAUUAAGUGAUGUAUCCCAAGUUAAAGAUGUAAAUAGACCUGUAUGGUAGUUAUAACAGAUACAGUUAGCUCUAGAGGGAAAGGAAAAUAUCAGGCUGUCUAAAUAAGAGAUGUACUUUGCUUCCUUGUGGCCGCAAGAUCAAGAAAGGUCCAUUGAAAAUUUUGCGAUGCAAACUCAUGAGAAGGCUAAGGGCUCAUUACUUGAAGUAAAAAGUACUCAGAUUGUACUCCCCUGGUAGAUAUUUCAUUUUUACCAAAAUGUGUCUAAUUUAGUCAAACCACAUUCAAAUUAUUCUAUCCAGUUCAUAGAAUUGAAAGACUGAUAUAAAUCAACCAGGAAGGGCCAGCACAGAGGGGGGGUUGACAUGGGGAAUAGGGGGCAUUAGUCUCCCCCCCUUGCCAAAAUGUUAUGAAAGGCUUGGCUCUAGAACUCUACAAAAGCUUUUUCUACAGACAGCUGCUUGCAAGUCCCCCCCCCCCCCCAUCCCAAUUUAAUUUGUGCUCCAGUGUCCCUUUUAAUUCAGUGUUGACCACUUUACAAACUCAGCUAGGGCAGGGGGGUCUUAUUGGGGAAACACUGUAAGUUGGCAAAAACCAAAAAGUUUUAAUGCAGCUGUCCUCAUUGUCAAUAUACAAGUAGCAUUGUUUACAGAUAAUGCUAUCAUAUGUUCAAGAAUAACUUAACAAAUAAUUUUUUUUAAAAUCUUAUUUAUGCUUGAAGUACAAGGUCUUCCAUUAAAAAUAAUAUUAUUGAU